CUGGAACAGGCAAAAAUGAAAAUAUAUGUAAUAAUAAUUCUGGUGUCGUUAGAACUUCUUUUACUUCUGGUGAUGAGAAAACUCGUUGGAUUGUUGUUGAAGUAAUUUCAUCUAGUGAGGAUGGGAUAGAAAUAAUUGAUGCUGCAAAACCUUUAUUAUGA